AUGGAGGCGGAAUAUGGUGAAGUUGGUGAAGGCGUAUUUGAAGGGGAGACGGAAGCCGAGUCGGCAGUCGAAGUGUUCGGUGAGAGAUUGGGGCAAGUUGAAGCGGACGCAGAAAGUGAAGCGGUAGAACAGGUUGAAUCGGAACGUGUGUCUGUGUUCGCUCCAGUCGAAUUGGAGUCUGAGGCGCUUGCAGAGACUGCAGCACAACCGGAACGGGAACGAUUGGUUGAGCGUGUCGUCGAAUUGGAGUCUGAGGCGCUUGCAGAGACUGCAGCACAACCGGAACGGGAACGAUUGGUUGAGCGUGUCGGUGAGAUGGAGGCGGAAUAUGGUGAAGUUGGUGAAGGCGUAUUUGAAGGGGAGACGGAAGCCGAGUCGGCAGUCGAAGUGUUCGGUGAGAGAUUGGGGCAAGUUGAAGCGGACGCAGAAAGUGAAGCGGUAGAACAGGUUGAAUCGGAACGUGUGUCUGUGUUCGCUCCAGUCGAAUUGGAGUCUGAGGCGCUUGCAGAGACUGCAGCACAACCGGAACGGGAACGAUUGGUUGAGCGUGUCGGUGAGAUGGAGGCGGAAUAUGGUGAAGUUGGUGAAGGCGUAUUUGAAGGGGAGACGGAAGCCGAGUCGGCAGUCGAAGUGUUCGGUGAGAGAUUGGGGCAAGUUGAAGCGGACGCAGAAAGUGAAGCGGUAGAACAGGUUGAAUCGGAACGUGUGUCUGUGUUCGCUCCAGUCGAAUUGGAGUCUGAGGCGCUUGCAGAGACUGCAGCACAACCGGAACGGGAACGAUUGGUUGAGCGUGUCGGUGAGAUGGAGGCGGAAUAUGGUGAAGUUGGUGAAGGCGUAUUUGAAGGGGAGACGGAAGCCGAGUCGGCAGUCGAAGUGUUCGGUGAGAGAUUGGGCCAAGUUGAAGCGGACGCAGAAAGUGAAGCGGUAGAACAGGUUGAAUCGGAACGUGUGUCUGUGUUCGCUCCAGUCGAAUUGGAGUCUGAGGCGCUUGCAGAGACUGCAGCACAACCGGAACGGGAACGAUUGGUUGAGCGUGUCGGUGAGAUGGAGGCGGAAUAUGGUGAAGUUGGUGAAGGCGUAUUUGAAGGGGAGACGGAAGCCGAGUCGGCAGUCGAAGUGUUCGGUGAGAGAUUGGGGCAAGUUGAAGCGGACGCAGAAAGUGAAGCGGUAGAACAGGUUGAAUCGGAACGUGUGUCUGUGUUCGCUCCAGUCGAAUUGGAGUCUGAGGCGCUUGCAGAGACUGCAGCACAACCGGAACGGGAACGAUUGGUUGAGCGUGUCGGUGAGAUGGAGGCGGAAUAUGGUGAAGUUGGUGAAGGCGUAUUUGAAGGGGAGACGGAAGCCGAGUCGGCAGUCGAAGUGUUCGGUGAGAGAUUGGGGCAAGUUGAAGCGGACGCAGAAAGUGAAGCGGUAGAACAGGUUGAAUCGGAACGUGUGUCUGUGUUCGCUCCAGUCGAAUUGGAGUCUGAGGCGCUUGCAGAGACUGCAGCACAACCGGAACGGGAACGAUUGGUUGAGCGUGUCGGUGAGAUGGAGGCGGAAUAUGGUGAAGUUGGUGAAGGCGUAUUUGAAGGGGAGACGGAAGCCGAGUCGGCAGUCGAAGUGUUCGGUGAGAGAUUGGGGCAAGUUGAAGCGGACGCAGAAAGUGAAGCGGUAGAACAGGUUGAAUCGGAACGUGUGUCUGUGUUCGCUCCAGUCGAAUUGGAGUCUGAGGCGCUUGCAGAGACUGCAGCACAACCGGAACGGGAACGAUUGGUUGAGCGUGUCGGUGAGAUGGAGGCGGAAUAUGGUGAAGUUGGUGAAGGCGUAUUUGAAGGGGAGACGGAAGCCGAGUCGGCAGUCGAAGUGUUCGGUGAGAGAUUGGGGCAAGUUGAAGCGGACGCAGAAAGUGAAGCGGUAGAACAGGUUGAAUCGGAACGUGUGUCUGUGUUCGCUCCAGUCGAAUUGGAGUCUGAGGCGCUUGCAGAGACUGCAGCACAACCGGAACGGGAACGAUUGGUUGAGCGUGUCGGUGAGAUGGAGGCGGAAUAUGGUGAAGUUGGUGAAGGCGUAUUUGAAGGGGAGACGGAAGCCGAGUCGGCAGUCGAAGUGUUCGGUGAGAGAUUGGGGCAAGUUGAAGCGGACGCAGAAAGUGAAGCGGUAGAACAGGUUGAAUCGGAACGUGUGUCUGUGUUCGCUCCAGUCGAAUUGGAGUCUGAGGCGCUUGCAGAGACUGCAGCACAACCGGAACGGGAACGAUUGGUUGAGCGUGUCGGUGAGAUGGAGGCGGAAUAUGGUGAAGUUGGUGAAGGCGUAUUUGAAGGGGAGACGGAAGCCGAGUCGGCAGUCGAAGUGUUCGGUGAGAGAUUGGGGCAAGUUGAAGCGGACGCAGAAAGUGAAGCGGUAGAACAGGUUGAAUCGGAACGUGUGUCUGUGUUCGCUCCAGUCGAAUUGGAGUCUGAGGCGCUUGCAGAGACUGCAGCACAACCGGAACGGGAACGAUUGGUUGAGCGUGUCGGUGAGAUGGAGGCGGAAUAUGGUGAAGUUGGUGAAGGCGUAUUUGAAGGGGAGACGGAAGCCGAGUCGGCAGUCGAAGUGUUCGGUGAGAGAUUGGGGCAAGUUGAAGCGGACGCAGAAAGUGAAGCGGUAGAACAGGUUGAAUCGGAACGUGUGUCUGUGUUCGCUCCAGUCGAAUUGGAGUCUGAGGCGCUUGCAGAGACUGCAGCACAACCGGAACGGGAACGAUUGGUUGAGCGUGUCGGUGAGAUGGAGGCGGAAUAUGGUGAAGUUGGUGAAGGCGUAUUUGAAGGGGAGACGGAAGCCGAGUCGGCAGUCGAAGUGUUCGGUGAGAGAUUGGGGCAAGUUGAAGCGGACGCAGAAAGUGAAGCGGUAGAACAGGUUGAAUCGGAACGUGUGUCUGUGUUCGCUCCAGUCGAAUUGGAGUCUGAGGCGCUUGCAGAGACUGCAGCACAACCGGAACGGGAACGAUUGGUUGAGCGUGUCGGUGAGAUGGAGGCGGAAUAUGGUGAAGUUGGUGAAGGCGUAUUUGAAGGGGAGACGGAAGCCGAGUCGGCAGUCGAAGUGUUCGGUGAGAGAUUGGGGCAAGUUGAAGCGGACGCAGAAAGUGAAGCGGUAGAACAGGUUGAAUCGGAACGUGUGUCUGUGUUCGCUCCAGUCGAAUUGGAGUCUGAGGCGCUUGCAGAGACUGCAGCACAACCGGAACGGGAACGAUUGGUUGAGCGUGUCGGUGAGAUGGAGGCGGAAUAUGGUGAAGUUGGUGAAGGCGUAUUUGAAGGGGAGACGGAAGCCGAGUCGGCAGUCGAAGUGUUCGGUGAGAGAUUGGGGCAAGUUGAAGCGGACGCAGAAAGUGAAGCGGUAGAACAGGUUGAAUCGGAACGUGUGUCUGUGUUCGCUCCAGUCGAAUUGGAGUCUGAGGCGCUUGCAGAGACUGCAGCACAACCGGAACGGGAACGAUUGGUUGAGCGUGUCGGUGAGAUGGAGGCGGAAUAUGGUGAAGUUGGUGAAGGCGUAUUUGAAGGGGAGACGGAAGCCGAGUCGGCAGUCGAAGUGUUCGGUGAGAGAUUGGGGCAAGUUGAAGCGGACGCAGAAAGUGAAGCGGUAGAACAGGUUGAAUCGGAACGUGUGUCUGUGUUCGCUCCAGUCGAAUUGGAGUCUGAGGCGCUUGCAGAGACUGCAGCACAACCGGAACGGGAACGAUUGGUUGAGCGUGUCGGUGAGAUGGAGGCGGAAUAUGGUGAAGUUGGUGAAGGCGUAUUUGAAGGGGAGACGGAAGCCGAGUCGGCAGUCGAAGUGUUCGGUGAGAGAUUGGGGCAAGUUGAAGCGGACGCAGAAAGUGAAGCGGUAGAACAGGUUGAAUCGGAACGUGUGUCUGUGUUCGCUCCAGUCGAAUUGGAGUCUGAGGCGCUUGCAGAGACUGCAGCACAACCGGAACGGGAACGAUUGGUUGAGCGUGUCGGUGAGAUGGAGGCGGAAUAUGGUGAAGUUGGUGAAGGCGUAUUUGAAGGGGAGACGGAAGCCGAGUCGGCAGUCGAAGUGUUCGGUGAGAGAUUGGGGCAAGUUGAAGCGGACGCAGAAAGUGAAGCGGUAGAACAGGUUGAAUCGGAACGUGUGUCUGUGUUCGCUCCAGUCGAAUUGGAGUCUGAGGCGCUUGCAGAGACUGCAGCACAACCGGAACGGGAACGAUUGGUUGAGCGUGUCGGUGAGAUGGAGGCGGAAUAUGGUGAAGUUGGUGAAGGCGUAUUUGAAGGGGAGACGGAAGCCGAGUCGGCAGUCGAAGUGUUCGGUGAGAGAUUGGGGCAAGUUGAAGCGGACGCAGAAAGUGAAGCGGUAGAACAGGUUGAAUCGGAACGUGUGUCUGUGUUCGCUCCAGUCGAAUUGGAGUCUGAGGCGCUUGCAGAGACUGCAGCACAACCGGAACGGGAACGAUUGGUUGAGCGUGUCGGGUGA